UGAGGGAUGGACGCACUUCCAUUCGCUCUCCGGAAUAACGGAUUAGCAAGUGACAUCGCACAACAGACGGUGAUUAUUGAACUAUUACGAAUCCAUUAAAACAGGCAGUAUACACACCACUCUCUUUAGUAGGAAGCGCAGGAAUCACUUCCUGGAAUUUUACCAUCCAGCAGUUUGGAAACUAUAAACGAACAAUGCAUUCUGCCGCAGACAACUAACUUAAAAUAAAUACAUACCGAGCCAAUAACAGACAAGAGUGACAGACUCUCUUUUAUCAAAUAUUUCUCUUCUCUCUCUACUGUCCUUUCAGGAGAACCUGAUAAGCCUCAGCGAUUCUCACCACCCGACCAGCGCGUCCGUCAGUAGGGUCACCUUCGUAAUUAACACGGGCGUCUUGUGGACGUGCGUGUGAGUGAGCUAGAGACCGUUAUCAAUUUGGAGCGAGAGGGGAAGAAAGAGAGUCUGGAUAUAACCACUAUCCAAUCCUCCAGACAGCAGCAGAAACCGCAACCGGACUCGGUCCUCCAGAGUAGCCGUCUAGCCGCACCCCCAGUCCCGCAGCCCCAUGCAGGAUGCCCGGAGGGGAGCGCUGGUCCUGGGGUGUCCUCCUGGUCCUACUCAGCCCGAGUUCAUGACGCCCUGGGCUGCUUCAUCAUGCGUCUCCUACCCGCUCCAAGCGCUCACUCUCUCCGGCUACUCUUUCUCUUUAUCUUCGUGAUGGGGGUGGCCCCUUCCCCUGCUCUUACAGCAGGCUGCCCUGACAGGUGUGUGUGUGACGACCAGCUGGUGGUCCAGUGUGCCGGGCAGGAGCUCACCCUCUUCCCCAACGACCUCCCUCUAGCUACCCGCCAACUCAUCAUCUCCAACAACCGCAUCGGAGAACUUCCAGCAUUGCAACUCAACUACCUGUCUGAUCUAGUAUACCUGGACGUCAGCAACAACACCCUGAUGGAGAUCUCAGAGUCCACCUUCGGCAAUCUCCGGAAGCUGGCCUACCUUGACCUGUCCUUCAAUACACUGACCCAGAUCGAGGACCGGACGUUUGGACCGUUGUCUAGCCUUGUGAUGCUACGGCUAACAGACAACCCGGGGCUAAGUGAGAUCCACCCGGAUGCGUUCUCAGAGAACAUGGCUCUGCAGGUGCUGGAUGUGAGCAGGAACAACCUGACGACACUGAACAUCAGCUCUCUGAUCGCCCUGCCCUCUCUGCGCUCCAUGGGGCUCAGUGGAAACCCCUGGAGGUGUGACUGCGAGACGGAGGACCUCUGCCUCUGGGUCCAAAUAGAAGGGUUCAAGUUCCAAGACGAGGGCCAGACAGUGUGCCAGGGGCCUCCAGAGCUGUCUGGGCAACGGCUGGCUGAAGUGGGCAUGCAGCUGAGGGCAGACUGCCACCAGGGCCUGGGCUACUGGGACUACCUGUUCUUCAUCGCUAUCGGCUUCGUCAUCUUCAGCGCCGGCACCGUGUCGGCAUGGGUGAUGGGUGUCCUCAUGGUGCUGUACGAGAGAUACAACAAGAGAAAGGGGGAAGACAUGGACAGUGAUGACGAGGAGGAGAGACAUAUGGGGGGAGGGAUGAUGGGGGGAGGGAAUCAGGGGAAUGGGGAUGUGAAUAAGCCUUGCAUGCAAGUGUGA